AUGGAAGCAGGGAAAGGUCCAGUAUUAGUAACAGGUGGCACAGGAUACAUAGGAUCUUGGUUGAUAUUUAGACUUCUUGAUCAAGGUUACUCGGUGAGAACUACUGUUAGAGCCAACUCAAGGCAUAAGAAAGACCUUAGCUUCCUCAAAAGUCUACCUGGAGCAUCAGAAAGGCUCGAAAUUUUUGACGCGGAUCUCGACAAUCCGAAAAGUUUUGUAGCAGCCAUUGAAGGGUGCACGGGAGUCUUCCAUGUUGCCACUCCACUAGAUUUCGGGAACAAAGAAUCAACGGAAAUAGUGAUCAAAAGAUCUAUAGAUGGGGCAAUAGGGAUCUUACAAGCAAGCCUAGAUUCCAAAACAGUGAAGAAAGUUGUCUACACUUCUAGUUCCGUAACUGUGCUGUUUAAUGGCAAGGACUUAGAUGAAAUGGAUGAGAGUUUUUGGACUGAUAUUGACUACGUUAAUAGUCUCAACUCUCAUGUAUCUUGUUACCUGAUCUCUAAGACCUUAACCGAAAAGGCAAUCCUUAACUUUUCAGAAAAACAUGGCUUGGACGUUGCCACAUUGAUUCUCUGUUAUAUUUCCGGCCCUUUCAUUUGUCCUGAGAUCCCUCGUUCUGUUGUGUCGGUAUUCGAAAUGAUCGUUGGAAACAAGAGUGAAUCUAAUACUCUUACCCGUUUCGAUACGGCGCAUGUGGAUGAUGUUGCUAGAGCUCAAAUUUUCCUAUUUGAAAACCCCAAGGCAAAAGGGCGGUAUAAUUGCUCAGCAAAUAUUAUAGAAGUUGAAAGUACAGCCAAGUUACUUUCUACCAAAUACCCGGGACUUAAGUUUCCUUGUAAAGGUUCUCAAAUUAUAAUGAAAGCCGAUUGGCCAUCCCUCUCGUCAAAGAAGCUAAUAGAGUCAGGUUUCCAAUACAAGUAUGGAGUUGAAGAAAUGUUUGAUGAUGCAGUCAAAUCCUCUAAAGAAAAGGGGUAUCUAUAG